AUGUGCCAACAGGCAUGCGGCCUCACCGUCUUCUGCUGCUUCAGCCGGGACCGCGACAGGGUGAUCGCGAAGAUCGGGGCACCCGCCGGGAAGCUGCGAGACACGGCCGCCAGGUGCCGCUACAAGCUGCAGCUCAGGAGGCAGUUCAUGGGGGCGUCCGCCGAGUACCGGCACGACUUCCCGGGGAGGCCAGAGAGUGGUUUCCAGGACAAGCGCAUCCUUUCGCACAUUUACCAGACGUAUACGGACGACGACCUGCCAGGUUCAGAUUCCAUCUUCAAGACGGUUGACAAGAUCCAUUUAAUACACCACGUCAUCACGUCAUCGGACAAGGAUUGCGCAGGGUACAACAUCAGGGCUCUCGUGAAGGACGAGACUAUAGAGGCAUACUUCCCUCUGCACGAGAAGAGACUUCUCUCGCAGCUGAUGGACAGGGCGCUGGACUGGUACUUCAUGAAAGAAGAGCUCGCCAACACGAUCCGAGAUUACUUCGGCGACAAAGUUGCAUUCUAUUUCGUCUUCCAGGCGUUCUACUUGAAGUGGUUGUUGCCAAUCGCCGUCCUCGGCAUGGCGCUCCAGAUCUGGGCCAUGGUCCAUGGCGGUCCAAACAACUUCACCACCGCCCCGUUCUGCAUACUCGUCAGCGUCUGGUCCGUCAUGAUGCCGCACUUCUGGCGGCGGCAGGAAGCAAAGUACACGCUUGGGUGGGGCACGAUGGACGACAAGGCUCUGCAUGGCAUGGGGGGGCGCCAGCGAGCGCUUCUAUGGACGGCAGUCAAGCAAAGCAACAAGAACGUUUUUCUUCAGCGGGGUGAGCAGACCAUCAAGUCAGAUCCGACACUUCAAAAGGAGACCAGCUGA